AAUGAAAAAGGAAAAAAGAACACAAACAAUACUAAGGAGGCAAAUUUCUGUUUGAAUUCAACAUGGGGUGAUUUUUUUUUUAAUUGAAACUUUUUGUUGCAGUUUAUUGUAGAUCUGUGCAUGAUUUGAUUCAGUUGAUAGUGCCAUUGUAAUUCUAAUUAUCAGUGAAUUCCUCAAAUGUCUUCCUCUCAUUCAUGGCAGGCGAGCUUUCUGCCACAGAGAGGUUAGCUGUGGCCAGUAUACUAGGAGUAGAUGAAGAGGUUGUUCGUAGCAUCACGCCUCUACCUCAUCAUACCAGUGACCAUGAUAGUAAUGAUAAUGAGUCUCAACCCCUUCUGAGAGGUGAAACCCCUCCCCCUGGUCAAUUGAAGGAAUUCUUUCUUGGUCUUUGUCCUGUAGAUCUGAAGGAAUGGGCGGAGCUUGCCUGCUAUUUAAAGAUAUGGCAGCUAAUAAAGUGCCCCAUGCUAUUAUGUUUAAAAGCGACGGUUCCAGUGGUGGACUACAACGAACCAAAGCAUAACUGGAAUAGAUUAUUAAACACUCUUAAUCUUUUCUUAGCACCAGUAUUCUGUGCGUUUGUUACCAAAGGUUUAACCCAAACUAUAACGGAUGGUUUUGUGGUAUGGUACCUUGUUCUGCCUAUAUCAUUCUUGUUCGCAGCUUCAGUCUUCUUGACAUCUAAACCAAAGGAACAGCCGGUCUAUCACGCAUUAUUUUCAUAUGUAGGUUUCGUUGUAGCUGUGUUAUGGAUUUAUUCUACGGUAAAUGAAAUUGUCAACAUUUUACAGAUGUUUGGUGUGGAGUUCUCCAUCAAUGAUGCGAUCCUUGGUCUUACGGUCCUAGCCUGGGGAAACAGUAUUGGAGAUCUAGUAGCUGAUGUUGCAAUGGCCAAGCAAGGAUUCCCAACCAUGGGCAUGUCAGCUUGCUUUGGAGGACCUAUGUUCAAUAUGCUGCUAGGUAUUGGUAUAUCAUGUACCAUUGUCACAGUCAGAGAUGGGGGCACAUUUGUGCUCCACACGGACGAUGUCCAGUUAGUUCUUGCCCUGGGUUUAGCAGUGAGUCUUCUUUCUUCCAUGUUCAUCAUGGUGGUUACCAGGUUCCAAGCUGCGAGGUUUUAUGGUAUCUAUCUCUUUAUUCUCUAUGGAGUAAUACUGGUUGUAGCUCUAUUAAUAGAGCGUCAAGUGAUAGUGAUACCAUGGUGAUGACCAGGUUCCAAGCUGCGAGGUUUUAUGGUAUCUAUCUCUUUAUUCUCUAUGGCGUAAUACUGGUUGUAGCUCUAUUGAUAGAGCUUCAAGUGAUAGUGAUACCAUGGUGAUGACCAGGUUCCAAGCUGUAAUAUGGUUUCUAUCUCUUUAUACUCUGUAUCGUGAUGUAUGUUGUAGCUCUAUUGAAGCCAGGUGCGUACGCAGGGGGUUUUGGGGUUAACCCCCCCCCCCUUUACUUUUUGUUA